GGCUCAUGCAGGAGGUUACUAGAAGCCCAGUCCUGCGUGCUCCGUCCCGCCACCGCGUUCUCACCUAGCCAUGGUUCGACUGCUUCUGCUGUGUCUCCUCUGGGGCUGCUUGUUGACCGCCGUCCACCCAGAACCAUCCACUGAAUGCAAAGAGAAGCAAUACCCAGUAAGCAGUCAGUGCUGUGAUUUCUGCCCGCCAGGACGCAAACUGGUGAGUGACUGCACCGAGUCUACACCCACAGAAUGCUCUUCUUGUGGUAAAGACGAAUUCCAAGACAAGUGGAACAGAGAGAGACACUGUCAUCAGCACAAAUACUGUGACCCCAACCUCGGGCUCCGGGUCCAGAGGGUAGGCACUUCAGAAACAGACACGACUUGCACAUGUGAUGAAGGUCAACACUGUACCGGCGGUGACUGUGAAAGCUGCACGCUGCACAGCCUGUGUCCCCAGGGCUUUGGGGUUAAGCAAAUCGGUACGGGGGUUUCGGAUACUAUCUGCGAACCCUGCCCUGCCGGCUUCUUCUCUAAUGUGUCAUCUGCUUUUGAAAAGUGUCACCCCUGGACAAGCUGUGAGACCAAAGGCCUGGUGGAGCGACGGGCAGGCACUAACAAGACUGACACUGUCUGUGGUUUGCAGUCUCGGUGGAGAGCCCUGGUGGUGAUCCCCAUCAUUAUGGGGAUCCUGUUCUCUGUCCUGUUGGUGUCCUCGUGUAUCAGAAAGGUGGCCAAGGAGCCGGACAAUAAUAAGGACGUCUGCAAUAAACGCAAAGGGCAGGACCCCGUGGAGGUGGAGAUGGAUAUGGCGGAUUUUUCUGGCCCCCACUCUACUGCUCCUGUGCAGGAGACCUUACACGGAUGCCAGCCCGUCACGCAGGAGGAUGGCAAAGAAAGUCGCAUCUCAGUGCAGGAAAGACAGUGAGGCUAUGUGUACCCAGGAGCGUGGCAGCAUGGACAAAUAUGCACGUGUGGCCUGGGAGCCUGGAGCUGCUGCUGACACGUGACGGGGAGGGCCUGGUGCUCUGCACAGACCCCCUCUGCCGGCACCCCUGUGGCUCAGAAACAGUUCACUUCUGGGGAGCCUCCCACUCCAGCCUCGAGCCCAUUCAGUAUCUCAACUUGCUUUUAAAAGACGGAGGCAAAACUUUUUGGGGGGUGGUAUAGUAAUACCAUGAAACCCUCCAACCCAACAGUUCAGUGCCCAGAGAUGUAUCAUGGUGGUUUCUUGGAGCCCAGGAGGGCAUCUACACGAAUAUCCAUUGCAGAGUUGUUUGUGACAGUGAACAACUGGAAGCCACUUAAUUGUCUAUCAACAGAGGACUGGCUAAAUAAAAUUGUAAUAUAUUUAUGCAACAGGAUCUCAAAAAACACUGUCAUGAAAAAAGAAAAAGCAGGUUGCAGAAUAAUGGGCACGGAAAAUUUUUUUUUUUAAAGCACAUACCCCACAACAAUGUGAUAUAUCAUUUCUAUGUAUGUAUAAAUAUAAUAUGCAUUGUAUAUGAGAUAUAACAAGAGUUCUGGAAGUAUGCACCGCUCCAAGAGUUGUCAAGUUUGGGUUGGGGAAGUAGGCGCUGGGGGAGGGUUGGUUCAAGGAAGAUUUGACUUUCCCAAAAUGCAUCAUUUUUGUCCCCCAAAGAGGAGUGAAUGCAUGUUACGCUUAUGUAAUUAAAAAGUCAUCAAACAUGUAAAAAGAAAAACGGGGGUGGACAUGCCGGGUGGCGGGAGCUGCUUAACUUGCUGUCAGGCUUCCAGAAUUAGGGCACUUUCUCAGGAUAAAUAAGAAUGUCCCCAGGCUGGUGCCCCUCCAGCGGUUUCCAUGUGUGCUCACAUUAGGCACCAUGCCUGCAAAGGGUUCUCCCCAUUUGAUUAAUGUUCACAAAUACAGCCUUGGGGGCAGGCAGGGCUCACAUCCCUUCCUCUUUAACAGAGGUGGAAACAGAGGCCCCGAGAGGUGAAGUGACUUGCCUAUGGUCACGUAGCAGUUCGCAGCGGUGCCACCCAGGGCUCCCCACUCCUGGUCCUGUGCUGCUUGUCCAGACCUGCCUGCUCACUGGAGCCCAAAUCUGUAGCUCCUUCCUGGGGAGAUCUUGGGUCUCCCACCUCCUUCUGACCUCCCAACUGCUACAGGAGCUGCUGCGUCUUGGUCAGAUGGCACCCCUCCCCCCACCCCAGCAGUAUCUUAGGAUAAAAAUAAACCAUCCUGUUCUCUUUUCCUGCUGUGCCAACUGAGGGGGAGCCUAGCCAGGAGAAGCAGCAGAUGGAGUGGGAGCAGAGGGGAAGGAAGAGGAGAGGAGAGGUGGGGAGGAAGGUUGUAGGACAAGGAGGAGAAGGGAGAGCCACGUGAAGGCCUGGCAUGAAGAUUAAGAGUCAUGGCGUGGAUGAGGCCAGCGAUCUCAGCUGCUCCCCCGGAAAGAAGCUGCUCUGGAUUCCCCCAAGGUGUCCUGCUGCCUGGAGGGUGCCAGUAGAAAGGGCUUGUCCCUGGUGGAGGCUGUGAGGGCAGCUGGGAGCCAAGGGGCACCUGGCUUGGCAGUCUUCCCAGAAGAGCUUCGAAAACCAUUUGGAUGCGCCAGGUGGAGAGACAUUUGCUUUAUAAAGUGGAGCAAAGUGGUAGUGGGGUGGGAUGGGGGGGAGAGGGAAGCUUUGGGACCUUACCCUCCUUCCCUAUCUAGAGUCCAAAUGCUAGUGUUACUCCUGUGCAUGGCGGUGUGGUGGAAAGAGACAAAAGACCCACCACCUCUGCCACCUAUCAUCUGUGUGACCUUGGGCGGGUCAUUUUCACCUCUUAGUGUCUCAGCUUCCUCAUCUGGAAAAUGGAGACCAUACCUACAGCAGCUGCUAUUGAUACCUCCUUUGUCUUCUCCUGGGUCAGAGGUUCUCAGUCUUGACCGUGUAUUGGAACCACCUAAGACUUGUUAUAAGACAGAUCGCUGGGCCCCACGGCCAGUGUUUCUGAUUGAGUAGGUCUGGGAAGGAACUCAAGAAUUUGCAUUUCUAACCAGUUUCCCGGGUGAUGCUACUGCUGCUGGUCCAGGGACCAUACUUUGAGAACGAUUGCCCUUGGCGUUCAGAUUUCUAGAUAAGCAGUUGUUUCCUGUUGCAAGCCCGUGCCUUGGGGCUUUCCCUGGUCUUGAAAACAUGCUUGGUGCAGGUGUGGGGCAGGUAGAUGUACCUGGGGAGUUAUUCCAUGCCCAGGAAUACUCUCAGCCAACUGGGAAUGAAAGCUGGAGGGUAAAUGACCCAGCUCUCUCGCCCUUGAAAGGGACAAGUAUGAAGUAUGGUUUAUACUUUUCCGAGGUUCCCUAGAGGGAUAGAUUCCCAGCUGCCCCUCUGUGGUGGGGUUCCUUCUCUUCCGUGUCUCAUUUUUCCACACCCCCCCAACUGGUGCUUCUGGGGUUCAACUCCCAAAUGAACAAGCUGCAUUGUCACAGAGUCUGCUUCCGGGAGAAGUUCCCCCGACCAGCCAGCAGAGCUCGUGCAUUAGAAAGUACAUUUUUGUACAGUUGUUCCCCAUCCUGCCACCUUAUCUGCAGUUUCGCUUUCCACGGUUUCAGUUACCCGUGGUCACUUGCAG